UUAUUCUGUGGUGCCCACCUGCGAUGCGCCGGCGCACUUGCCCGCACUUCCGCAGCGCACCGUGACCGGCUCAGUCGAACACAAUCUGUCGAGAGCUUUGCACGCGCCAUGACCUCACUGUUCAACGGAUACGUACCACGUGUGUAAAACUAACGUGUACUACGCUACGAUCAUGGAUGUGAAAUAUUACUGUGCUGUAUUCGUUCUUAUUCAAGCCUACGCAGUAUCAUCAUGUGGAUUUCCCGGUGUGCCGGCGCAUUGUUCUGUAUCGUUCUCCGAGGAGAACUACACGGAGGGCACUAUCGUCACCUACACAUGCGACAGAGGAUUUGAACUGCUUGGUCCUUCGAGACGGGUCUGCAACGGUAACGGCCGCUGGACGCCCGAUGGGAUACCGUUCUGUGUCCUCAACGUGGCCGCUGGCAAGGCGCCCAUGCAGGCCUCCACCGAAGACGUGGGGGUCCCGCAGAAGGCGCUGGACGGCAGCACUGCGGGGGCUUUCAGCGCGGACACGUGCACCCUCACCAAGAAGGAGAUUGAGCCCUGGUGGUACGUCAACCUCCUGGAGCCCUACAUGGUGCAGUUGGUGCGUUUGGACUUUGGGAAGCCUUGUUGUGGUGUAAACAAGCCAGCCGUAGUGGAGGUCCGCGUCGGCAACAACCGGCCGGACCUCGGCACGAAUCCGAUAUGCAACCGCUUCACCGGCUUCCUGGAAGAGGGCCAGCCGCUCUUUCUCCCCUGCAACCCGCCAAUGCCCGGCGCCUUCAUGAGCGUGCACCUGAAGGCCACGGUCCCGAGCCAGUUGUCCAUAUGCGAGGCGUUCGUGUACACCGACCAGGCGCUGCCGAUAGAGCGCUGCCCCCAAUUCAGGGACCAGCCCCCCGGGAGCACAGCGACCUACAACGGGAAGUGCUACGUAUUCUACGACCGGCAGCCGGCGAACUUCCGGGACGCUCUGGCGUUCUGCCACUCGAGGGGGGGCAGCCUGGUCGACGAGAGCAACCCGGCGCUCCAGGGCUUCAUCAGCUGGGAGCUGUGGAGGCGGCACCGGAGUGACAGCAGUAGCCAGUACUGGAUGGGUGCGGUGCGGGACCCGCAGGACCCCAACAACUGGAAGUGGGUGAACGGCAAUGACGUCACGGUCUCGUUCUGGAACGCCCCCGGGGGUACCGAGGGCUGCGCCCGCUUCGACGGCAGCAAGGGCUGGCUGUGGGCGGACACCGACUGCCAGUCGAGAAUGAACUUUAUAUGCCAGCAUCAGCCCAAAGCGUGCGGUCGGCCAGAGCAGCCACCGAACUCUACAAUGACGACGGAGAGUUUCGAAGUGGGCGCCACGGUGGAAUACGCGUGCGACGACGGACACUUGCUCGUCGGCCCGACGGUCAGGACCUGCUUGGAGACUGGCUUCUACGACGAGUUCCCGCCAGUGUGCAAACGCAUAGAGUGCGGCUACCCCGCUGAGAUCCCGCACGGCAGCUACACGCUGCUGAACGGCUCCGUGUCGUAUCUCUCGCACGUGCAGUACGCGUGCGCGCCCGGCUACGAGAUGGCCGGCAGGUCGCGACUGGUAUGCGACAUCGACGAGCGGUGGAACGGCCCCCCGCCGAGAUGUGACGUGAUUCAAUGCGAGGAGCCGGGCGCGAUCCCGAACGGGCGCGUGGCGGUGACGAACAACGCGUCGACGUUCGGCGCGCGCGCGCGGUACGAGUGCGCGCGCGGCUACGAGCUGCGCGGCUCGCCCGUCGCCACGUGCCUCGCGACCGGCCUGUGGGACGCCCCGCCGCCGCAUUGCUACUUGGAAGAACGCUCAACCACCACCACAUCCACAACUACGACAACCACCACCACAACCACAACCACCACAACACCAGCGCCAACCACCCCACCGCCGACAACACCACGGCUAGUGCUACCAACCAGACGGCGCAAACCGACCACCCACCCAGACACCGUCAGACCCAAACUCGAGACCAGACCCGCCAGACCGAACACGACGAAGACGACAACAGAGCGGACAAAGACCACAAUCAAAAGGGUGACGGUUGCUGAUUAUGACAAUUCGUCCACGAGCCACGUGCCCCACAUCAUCGUCGCCAGCCAUCCGCAGGAGAAUCAGAUAUUCGGCAGCGGCAACAACAUUCGCGCGGAACAAACGCCCCGUGUGAACGUGCCCUUGCCGGUGGACGGGGACCGGACACACGGGGCGAGGCUCAACAUCGGGGCCGUCGUGGCCCUCGGGGCCUUCGGGUGCCUGGUGUUCCUCAUCGCGAUAAUUACCACCAUCGUCAUGUUGGUUAAAAGCCGGAAACACAACGAAGGUAAGCGCUACCGGCACCACGUGUCCGCGACGGACUGCAACACGGUCGCCUCCCUCGAGUCCUCCUCGUCGGAGUGCCGGAACGGCCUCAACCGCUACUACCAGCAGGCCUGGGAGCAGCUGCACGAAGUGGCCGGAGGUAAGUUCAGGGAGCGGGAGACGCCCAAGGACGGCUCCGAGAUCGUCGUCGCCGACCUGUACCGCGACCCGAAGCCGGGCACCAGCAAGCACCACCAUCACCAUCACCACCACCGGCCCGUCUGGGUGACGCGCCACAACCGCUAACCUCUCCACCGUUCCACUCGGACGCGUGGUUGACGAGCACACGUGACAAACCGACUGCGUCACACGACUACGUCGGACCUUAUUGUAUAUGGACGCGUAAGUUACAUGCAAGUGAUAGACCCGAUUACGUGGGACAUGUGAGCUCGGUGAGGAUUAACAGAAUGCUGAGUAGGCUUCAGCCUAUAUCUGAUUAAAAGACGCAGAGUCGCGGAAAUAAUGUAUGUAAAUAAAGUUUCUCUUGUCUUCUACUUGUUCGUAUUUUUUUCGCACGUCAGUACAACGGUGUGCGUCGGUCCGUC